AUGGUCAAAUUCACCUUUUCACUUUUACUCAUUGGAAUCAUUUCCUUGGUUAGAGCGGAUUUUGAAGUUGAAACAAACAACAAUGGGUUUGUACCUUCCUCUGAACUUCGUAGCAUUUAUAGCCAAAAAACGGCUUCUAAAACUAAAACUGGAGGGCAUCAUAAAGCAGAGAUUUAUUUUAAAACCAAAGUACCAUCAUUCAAUCCCGAUCAAAGCGGAGUGGUAUCUGAUAUUAAAUGUGGUGAUGAUAAGAUCACUCUCAGUUUGAAUGAUAAGAAAUCGAUAGAACAAGUUGAUAAUUGGCCCGAUAAGGUCAUGUUAUUGAUUUCACAUAAAUGGGAAUGUUUUGGAAAAUCCACUACACAAUUUUAUAUGGUUAGAAACAAAACUGUUGACGCUCCUAAAAAAAAAGUAAGCUUCACCACGGAGAGUUGCGACCCUUUAGAAUGGUCCGAUGAAUUUCUUGUAGAAAUUUCAUGGGAAAACGGUAAAACGAACAAACGCAACGCCCGGAAUCGUGACUUGAAUAAGAGAGGUAGAUUAAAUCGUCGUCAAGAUGAAGAUAAACCCAAACUUCCGAUUGACGUUAGUGAAAAAUUGGAUUUAAAUGUCUUAUUUGAUGAAAAAACUGGAAAAUCAUCAAAGCCAAACUUUCCACUCGUUGAAGUAGAACAAGAUAAUACGAGUGAAUCAUUAGUUUGCGCCAAUUGUUUUAUGAGCGGCGAAGCUACAAUUUCAAUGAGGAUCGCUGGUAAAGUGGACCCAAAAAUUGAGAUAAACGAAGCCUCGAUUUCUCUAAAUGGAAAGAUUAAAAUGAAUUUUGACCUUUCUCUUAAUGGUAAACUUGGAACCGUCAUCUCUCCACCUGAUCUUCAACUCCUCAACCUUCCUUUAAACCCCAUCAGUAUACCAAACGUAUUUAAUAUUGGACCUUCAUUGAUCCUUACCGCUUCGGCCAAGAUAUCAGCUGAUGUGACGGGAACCAUUUAUGCUGGUAGUGAAAUUAAUUUACCAAAUUUUAACGUAAAGGCCACGUUACUCGACGAGCCAAAAGUUGAACAAUCCGGAUUUGAACCUGAAACCAAAUCACAUGAUCCAUCGGUCGGUGUCACCGGUUCAACUGACAUUACCAGUUCAUUAAAACCGCAAUUGGCUUUAAAUAUUGAUGUGCUUAAUGGAGCCUUUGGUGUUAAAACUGGAAUUCAAUUGGUUACAACUCUUGGUACAACAAUUUCAGUUGGAAAAGAAAGUGGAUGUAAAGGAAAGACUCAACCACACAUUGAAACCACCCUCGAAGGUAAUAUAGGCUUCUUUGUACAAAGUAAAAAUCUUCCCACCAAUUAUGGACCUGUUAAUAAGAUAGUCGCACGAAGAUUACCAUCUGGAUUAUUCGAGUUAUGUAUCACAAGUCUCAUGAAAAGAUAUAAAAUGUAUUUUUAUUGCGGAAAAAUCGAAUUGGAUUUUGAAAAUGCUAUUGAUAUUUUAAAGUUAUUAAUAGCUAUCGAUGAGUUUGGACUUUCUAUACUCGUCGAACAUAUUCAAGAAUUCUUUAUCAAUAAUCAAUUAAAAGUUGAUCCGGUUGCAAAUCUUAAAUUAAUAUUUGAGAAUCAAAGCUUUGAAGCAUUACAAGACUUAUCAGCCGCCCAUUCUAUUGAAAAUACAAUCCUCUUACUGGGGAAUUUGGCUACAAUUGCUCGUUUAUUUGUGAUGGAGAAGAUUACAAGUUGA